AUGAAUUUCUCCCAGACUUUCCAGCUACUCAACGACUUAAAUUUUACUGCGAACUGUGCGACAGCUGAGGCAUGGCGUGCCAAUCACGCCUGGACCCCCAAUGGGAACAACAAUAAUGUGGGAUUUGCAAACGACACCACCAACUUCAAUUUCAUUUCCAUGGCCUGGCCGGCCGCAAGAUACCCAGCAGAUAAUAUUGAGUUGUCUGCAUUUUACGACAGCAUAUCUACUGAAAUCCCCAACGAAUGGACGAGAAGGGCUUUCGACGCGAUCGACAGAAGCUGUAUCGCACCAUCUUUAGCACGACGUAUCACGAUGGCGAGCCUCAACUAUACACAAAAUUGUACUGCAACGAGUCAACACCACGCAAAGGUCUUGUGCGCGACGAACAGGGACAGCGUGCCAGCUGGGAUCUUAUACGGUGGGGCUUUCCACAACCAAUUGUCAGAUCGGAGGAAAGUGGAUUUUGCAUUCUUUGCCAGUAAUAUAUCGGAGUUGGAUGAUUCCAAUGGUGUUGCCAUGAUCAGAGAUUCAUGGCCGUAUAAUGCAUCUGCCAUAUCCAAUCUGACGCUUGCGGAAUGGGCGCGAAUUACAAUGGAGGCUAAUACCAGCGACAUAUUUCGGAACGAGUCUCUCGAUUUUCAUUCAUUGAUCAAGCAAAUCUGCCAAACCUGUAUCAAUGAGUUCUGCACAGUCGCACAUUACAAAAGAAAUCUGGAGGUUGCAGGAAUAGGUAUUGUAGUGUCCUACGUGCUAGCCAGCACCGUAGCAACACUACACGUCGCCAUCUAUGUCGUGUCACAUCUGAUGAAGAUUGAAAGUUCUCUCUGUCUUCGUGCAAUUAGGGAAGCGACCGAAAACAAGGAAAAUCACAAACUUCUGAAAGACAGCACAUGGUUCUUCAUGUUCUCGCUAGCCAUUGCAUUUGUGGUAGUGUUGAACGGCCAUCCCGCAUUGUCAGAUACUUUCUACGAAACAUCGGUGGCAACAUCGGCCUUGUACCUCGCGGUCUCAGUAUAUCUCGCGGUCCUAUUUUUCAACCUUAACGAGUCGGAUCGAUUACAGAAGUAUCGAUUUGCCACUGGUGGUCUUCUCUGUGUCGGAAUCUUGAUCUACGUGAUAGAGGUAGAAGCAACGCUAAUUCAUCUGGGUUCUAAUUCGGGACAAGGAGACUGGCCUUGCUUUGGCAGUAUACUCCAGAAACUUGGUUAUGCCGGCACGUCCUUUUAUGCAGCAGUCAUCGGGAUCGGUCUCAUAGGGGUUGGCAUGUGGUGGACCAUCAAUAUUCUCUCCCGUUUUCGCAAGUUUCGUCAGCAUCUUGUUCGUCCACGACGCUAUCAAGCUUAUAUCGUUGGCUAUUUUCAUGGGCAGACCCCGCCACAACACAUUUCACAAAUGUUCUACACUGUUCGGAUCGUGACUACCCUCGCGUUCCUUGCGAUCGCCUGGCUGGAGACCUUUUACAUCAUCUUUUUGCGUAAAGCGCUACAUUCAUUUCACGACGCAGCAGUUGAAGAAGAUGACUGGGGAUUUGGACAAAUCCUCGCUGUUCUACUGUGGCUACCGUUUACGGCUGAUUUCAGCUUUCAACUUCUCAAAAGAUGGAGAGAUCUUCGUCGAUUAAGCAAGUCAUACGAAAAAGAACCCGUUCAGAGACUUCAACACUCCACUCUACCUUCCCUGCACAUACGCUACCCAACACAGUAUCAUGAGUACUACCAACAAGAAGCAAGGAACGUACGCUCUGAGAGAGGGGAACUAACAGGUGAUCGAAAGAGUUUGGCGCUGAGAAUGAUCAAUACAUUUUGA